UUGAGAUUUUACACUUUUGCAAGCCCAGUACUUCUCAAACCCUUCUAGUCACAAGCCAAGACCAUUCCUCUGCUCUUUGAUUCUCCAAGCACAAUUUCUUCUCCUUAGUUUUGACUUCCAAGGUCGAUGGGCUCGACCUCUGACUGGACUGCGAAGCAGAACAAGGCCUUCGAGAGGGCACUGGCAUUAUACGACAAGGAGACUCCUGACCGCUGGCACAAUAUCGCCAAGGCCGUCGGAGGGAACAAGACCCCUGAGGAGGUCAAGACGCAUUACGAGCUGCUCGUGGAGGACGUGAAGCACAUCGAGUCGGGCCAAGUUCCCUUCCCGAAGUACAGUAAAAGUAGAGGGAGCACUGAGAUGGGAAGCAUGGGAAUAGGUGAUGAGCUCAAAAGGAUGAAAAAUUUGAAACUUCAAUGAACGGAGAGGCCAUGGCGGAGGAGGAGGAGAGAGCUCGAAUAGAUAUUAUUUAUGUUCUUGCUACUGAUGUAUGAUGAAGUAGCUGGCUAGCUCAACUAAUCCUAAUCACGUGGACUCGAAGUACUGAUUAAUUAGUUCACUAGCAUGACUAAUUAUUGAAACCGAAAGAAUGACUAGUGAUUUAAGUGUUUCCCGUGUCGUAGUUCAACAUCAUCCCUUUCUCGAAUUCUUUCAUUCUCUGAUGAUGAUCCUACGACGAUGACAAAAGGGCUGCGAUUGUCGGGCUCUUUACGAGCGCGUCCACUUCAAUCACUUUCAACUUUACAUUAA